ACCUCCCUCUGCUCUCUAGGUUGAGAAGGAAGCGGGGGGCGGGGCCAAGCGGCGCGUGCGCGAUACUGUUGCUGUCCCUUUGCUGCUAUUGCGUUGCAAAAAAAAAUCCUGACUAGGUAUCCUUGGGCCUUUUCUGUCCUAGAAGAUCUUAAGGCGAGAAAAAGAUUUCUGCAACCGAAGGGGCAGCAGUCGGGUAGUAUUAGAUUUAAGAUAUUAAAGCCCGGCCUUACAGGAGUGGGGAAGGGCCUUAGCGUAGAGAAGCCGAAGAGUAUCAAACCAUUCGUUUGGGGGCCAGGCGUUUUCGAAAGGCUUUGCAGGACCUGUUGUCUGCGUAAUUCUUCCCUGAUUACUGACUGGUUUAAACACAACCCCCUGAACAAUUCUGAUAAACCUUCGCAAGCCGCAGCCCCUCCUUGCAGCGUGUAGGAGCCGCCAGCGCGCCCAGCAGCUGGUCCGCCGGUCCUACCUCCAGAAGAGCCUAGCGCGUGCACCAUCCCCACCCCCUGGCCUCCCUCCCCACCUCCGGCUUUCACGCACUCGCAGUGAUUGUUUUGCCCGCUCCCGCCGCCGCCGCCGCCGCCGCCGCCGCCGCCGCCCGAGGAGCAGCAGCGCUUGUGCAAACCGGGAAGAUGGCGGCCGGCGGCGGCGGAGGCAGCAGUAAGGCCUCCUCCUCGUCGGCCUCUUCGGCAGGGGCUCUGGAGUCCUCGUUGGAUCGAAAAUUCCAGUCGGUAACUAACACCAUGGAAUCUAUUCAAGGCCUGUCGUCUUGGUGUAUAGAGAACAAGAAACACCACACUACUAUCGUCUACCAUUGGAUGAAGUGGCUCCGGAGAUCUGCCUAUCCUCACCGUUUGAAUCUCUUUUACCUUGCCAAUGAUGUCAUACAGAAUUGUAAAAGGAAAAACGCAAUCAUAUUCCGUGAAUCGUUUGCUGAUGUACUUCCAGAAGCAGCUGCUCUAGUGAAGGAUCCAUCUGUCUCAAAGUCUAUAGAACGAAUCUUUAAAAUCUGGGAAGAUCGAAAUGUGUACCCAGAAGAAAUGAUUAUGGCAUUAAGAGAAGCUUUGACAUCCACGAAUCCAAAAGCUGCUCUCAAGUCUAAGAUAGUUGCUGAAUUUCGAUCUCAGGCCCUCAUCGAAGAGCUGCUACUGUACAAGCGUUCAGAAGAUCAGAUAGAGCUGAAGGAAAAACAGCUGUCAACCAUGAGGGUGGAUGUGUGCAGUACAGAAACUCUCAAAUGCUUGAAAGAUAAGACAGGUGGGAAGAAGUUUUCCAAAGAAUUUGAAGAGGCAAGCGCCAAGCUGGAGGAGUUUGUGAAUGGAUUAGAUAAGCAGGUGAAAAAUGGGCCCUCACUAACAGAAGCACUGGAAAAUGCUGGAAUUUUCUAUGAAGCACAGUACAAAGAGGUGAAAGUCGUGGCCAAUGCGUACAAAACCUUCGCUAAUCGAGUGAACAAUUUAAAGAAAAAGCUGGAUCAACUGAAGUCCACCCUUCCCGAUCCAGAAGAAUCACCAGUCCCUUCCCCAAGCAUGGACGCUCCCUCCCCAACUGGUUCUGAGUCUCCUUUUCAGGGAAUGGGGGGCGAGGAAUCCCAGUCACCAGCCGUGGAGAGUGAGAAAUCUGCUACACCUGAGCCUGCAACAGAUAACCGUGAUGUGGAAGACAUGGAACUCUCUGAUGUGGAAGACGACGGGUCAAAAAUCAUCGUAGAGGACAGGAAGGAAAAACCUGUAGAGAAGGCAGCCGCAUCCACUUCUGCUCCUACAAAGCCAACGGAAAGUGUCCCGAAGACCUCCUCGUGUACCCCGGUGCCUGCGCCCAUGACAGCCACCCCUCCUCUUCCAAAGCCUGUGAAUACUGCUCUUCUGUCCCCUUCUCCAGCAUUGGCUUUGCCAAACCUGGCUAAUGUGGAUCUGGCAAAGAUCAGUUCCAUCCUUAGCAGCCUGACAUCAGUCAUGAAAAAUACUGGGGUCAGUCCUGCAUCAAGACCGUCUCCUGGAACUCCGGCAAGUCCCGGCAACCUCUCCAGCGGUCUGAAAACACCCGCACCUGCCACGACGGCAUCGCACAACCCUCUGGCAAACAUCCUCUCAAAAGUGGAGAUCACCCCAGAGAGCAUUCUCUCUGCUCUUUCCAAAACCCAGACACAGUCAGCCCCGGCACUGCAAGGCCUGUCAUCUUUACUUCAGAGUGUUACUGGGAACCCAGUUCCAGCCAGUGAAGCUGCUUCCCAGAGCACCGCGGUUUCCCCUGCCAACACCACGGUCUCUAGCGUGAAAGGAAGAAGUCUGCCCUCCGGUGCCCAGCCCUUUAUUCCCAAAAGCUUCAGCUAUUCUCCCAAUUCAUCAGUAUCUGAAGUGUCUUCAACUUCAGCCAGCAAGGUCUCGCUUGGGCAAAGCCCAGGUCUCCCAAGCACUACUUUCAAGCUGCCGUCCAACUCCCUGGGGUUCACAGGUGCCCACAAUGCUAGCUCUGCUGCCCCUCCUUCUGAAGUUGCCAUGUGCCAAUCUUCAGAGGUCUCCAAGCCAAAGCUGGAGUCCGAGUCCACCUCCCCGAGCCUGGAAAUGAAGAUCCACAACUUCUUAAAAGGUAAUCCUGGUUUCAGUGGCUUAAACUUAAACAUCCCGAUCCUGAGCAGUUUGGGGUCCAGCGCCCCGGCAGAGAGCCAUCCCUCGGACUUCCAGCGGGGCCCCACCAGCACGUCCGUCGACAACAUCGACGGGACCCCCGUGCGGGAUGAACGGAGCGGGACGCCCACCCAAGACGAGAUGAUGGACAAGCCCACAUCCAGCAGCGUAGAUACCAUGUCCCUGCUGUCCAAGAUCAUCAGCCCUGGGUCCUCGACCCCCAGCAGUACGCGGUCACCGCCCCCCGGGAGAGAGGAAAGCUACCCCCGGGACCUCUCCAAUGCCGUGUCCACCUAUCGUCCCUUCGGCCUGGGCAGCGACUCGCCCUAUAAGCAGCCUGCCGACGGCAUGGAGAGGCCGUCGUCCCUGAUGGACUCCGCACAGGAGAAGUUCUAUCCGGACACGUCUUUCCAGGAGGACGAGGACUACCGGGACUUCGAGUACUCGGGGCCGCCCCCCUCUGCGGUGAUGAACCUGGAGAAGAAGCCGGCCAAGUCCAUCCUGAAAUCAAGCAAGCUUUCGGAUACCGCGGAGUACCAGCCGAUCCUGUCCAGUUACAGCCACAGGGCCCAGGGCUUUGGGGUACAGUCCGCCUUCCCUCCGGCUGUCAGGGCCCUUCUGGACUCCACUGAGGACUGUGACCGGCUCUCAGCUUCCCCUGGGCUGCUUGGUGCCUUCGGUCUGAGAGGGAACGAACCUGGGUCUAACCGGUCGCCGUCACCCAAACACGCUGGCCGCCCCCGCGGGCCACGCGCCCACGUCGGGCGUGGAGAAAGUUCUGGCCGCCACCAUUUCCACCACGUCGACAAUUGA